AUGAGUAGUAGGGAAAAAGAUGAAAAGAAAAAAAAGCAUAAAGAUCACAAAAGAAAUGUGGAUAAUAAUUACAAUGAAAGAAUAAGAAGGGAGAAGAAGGAAAAGUUUCGUUCGUCAUCAUCUUAUUCAACAGAUUAUGCUAAUAAAAGAAAGAGGAUGAGGACCACGUCUUCAUCUUAUGAUAGUAAUUUAGAAAUAAGAAAACAUAAGGAAAAAAAGAAAAGAAGAAAUAAUUCUUAUUCUUCAUCGAAUAGUUAUAACAGUAAUACAGAUAAUUAUUCGAAUUAUAAGAAAGAAAAAAUAAAAAAUAAAAAAGAUGUAAAAGAUAAAGUUGCAAGUCAUAUAAAAAAAAAUAAUAAUAAAACCCACGAUGAAAGUAUGUCCUCUACUCAUUCAAGUAAAGAUAAAGUAAAAGGGAAAAAAAAUAAUAAAAAUUGUUAUGAGGAAUAUAAUUCAAUUAGUAGUGAUAAAUAUAAUAAGAAGAAAAAAAAGAAGGAAUCGAGUUCAUCAGAUAAUUCAAGUGUGUAUAGCAUGAAAAGAAAAAAAAAGGAUAAAAGAAAUGGUUCCUAUGAGGGUAAGAAUGUGUAUAUCAGGCGGAGUGUUAGCAGUAGGAGUGUCAGCAGUGAUAGCAAUAAAAGUUAUAGCAAUAAAAGUGAUAGUAAUGAAAGUGAUAGCAAUAAAAGUGAUAGUAAUGAAAGUGAUAGCAAUAAAAGUGAUAGUAAUAAAAGUAGUAGCAAUAAAAGUAGUAGCAAUAAAAGUGAUAGCAAUAAAAGUUAUAGUAAUAAAAGUAGUAGCAAUAAAAGUAGUAGCAAUAAAAGUAGUAGCAAUACAAGUAGUAGCAAUACAAGUAGUAGCAAUAAAAGUUAUAGUCACAUAAGUAAGUAUGAUAAAAAGAAAAAAAGAAAAUAUGAUCCAUUGAAAGAGGAGGAAAAAAAUGAAGAGACAUUAGAAAUUAACGAAGAUCUAAUUGAAUAUGCAAAACAAAAGAUUUCUAAUGUUACAAUUGAAGAUGUAGGAAAAGCUGGAGGUGUUUAUAUUCCUCCAUUUAAAUUAGAAAGAUUAAAAAAUGAGGUUACAAAUAAGAAGAGUGUUUUAUAUCAAAAACAAGAAUGGAUGAAAUUAAAAAAGAAAAUAAAUAAUAUAGUAAAUAAAGUAAAUAUAGAUAAUAUAAGUGAAGUAUGUUAUGAAUUAUUUGAAUGUAAUUUAAUACGUGGGAAAGGAUUAUUUAGUCGUGCAUUAAUACAUGCACAAUUAAGUUCUCCAGCAUUUACAAAUGUAUUUACAUGUUUAUUAUGUAUUGUAAAUUCUAAAUUUCCUAAUAUAGGUUUAUUAACAAUACAAAGGAUAAUAUUACAUUUUAGAAGAGCAUAUCAAAGGAAUGAUAAAAUAUUAUGUUUUAAUACUGUUAAGUUUAUAGCACAUAUGAUAAAUCAAAGAAUAAUACAUGAAAUAGUAGGCUUACAAUUAUGUUCAUUACUUUUAAAAAAUAUAACGAAUGAUUCUGUUCAAGUAUGUACGUAUUUUUUAGCAGAAGUUGGAGAAUUAUAUACAAAUAUUUGUAGAAAGGGAUUAGAUAUAAUCUUUGAUAGACUUAAAGAUAUUAUUCAAGAAGGACAAAUAAAUAUAAAAACUCAAUAUGAUAUUGAAAAAUUAUGGAAUUAUAGAAAAAAUAAUUUUAAAGAUUUCCCCUCUGUUCAUGAUGAUUUAAAUUUAAUUGAUGAAGAAGAAAAAAUAAUACAUGAAAUUGAUUUAUUGGAUGAGAAUUUUAAUAGUCAAGAAGAAUUAAAUAUUUUUAGAGAGGUUCCUUAUGAACAAUAUCAAGAGGAAGAUAAUGAAUGGAAAAAUAUUUCUCAAGAAUUGUUAUUUGGAGAUGAUUCAUCAAAUGAGAAGAAAAAGAAAAAGAAAAAAAAUAAAAAAAAUAAAGAAACAAAUGGAAGUGAUAGUGAAAAAUUAAGUAAUUACGAAUUAGACGAAAAGGAUGAUGAAAAUGAUAAUAGUAGUGAGGAUAGUGAAGCCCAAAAAAGUGAUACUAAUGAAAGUAACGAUGAUGAAAAUGAUAGUGAUGGAAGUAACAUUGAUGAUGAUGAUAAUGAAGAAAUACAUGAUAUGACUGAACAAUAUUUAAUAAAUUUACGAAAAAAUGUUUAUCUAUCAAUUAUGUCAUCAUUAAGUUAUGAAGAAUGUGUUCAUAAAUUAUUAAAAUUAAAUAUAAAAAAAGGAUAUGAAAUAGAAAUAUGUAAUAUGUUAAUAGAUUGCUGUUGUAUGGAAAAAACAUUUCAAAAAUUUUAUGCUUUACAAGCAGAAAGAUUAUGUAAAUUAAAAAAAAUUUAUCAAGAAAAUUUCGAAAAAUGUUUUGAUAAUUCAUUUAAUACAGCUCAUAGAUUAGAAACAGCUAAAUUAAGAAACUGUUCAAAAUUUUUUGCACAUCUAUUAUAUACUGAUGCAAUAUCAUGGAGUAUUUUUAAAAUUAUUAAAUUAACAGAAGAAGACACAACAUCAUCAACAAGAAUUUUUAUUAAAAUCUUGUUACAAGAAUUGACAAAUAAUUUAGGACUACAAACAUUCUAUCAUAAAAUAAAUCACCCAGCUAUAUCUCCAUUUCUCAUAGGAUUAUUUCCUACAGACAAUGCACAAAAUAUAAGAUUCUGUAUUAACUUCUUUACAGCCAUAGGAUUAGGGGCUUUAACAUCAUCAUUGAGGAAAUUAUUGAUAACGUAA